AUGAGCUCGUCAAAUGGAGAGCACCAGCGGGCUCCCUCCCUCGAUCCCUUCUCUCACCCGGAUAUCUACUAUGGUGAGGAAGACUCCCUGGCAAGAAUCCGUGACCGCAGACGUGCCUUUUCAACGGUAAGCAGCCACACUGCUCGUGCGGGAACCCCGCGGAUCGAUCGACCACCCUACUCACUUUCUGCGGAUGAGUCGACGGCACAUCCCCGCAAGUUCCUUAUUGAAGUGGACGACACUCUCGAGGCCCUGCUAAGACAGGAAGACACCGACAAGAACAUGCAGAUCACGAUCGAGGAUGUUGGACCCAAAGUACUCUCGGUCGGAACGGCGGCAUCGUCUGGAUAUAACCGAGUCGAUGUGCGCGGUACCUAUAUGCUUUCAAAUCUGCUGCAAGAACUUACGAUUGCAAAAGAUUAUGGUCGUAAGCACGUCAUUCUCGACGAAGCUCGUCUGAGCGAAAACCCUGUCGCCCGGCUCAACCGUCUCAUUAAGAACUCGUUUUGGAAAGCACUCACAAGACGAAUCGAUGGCUCCAAUAUUGAAGUGGCCGGCCGGGAUCCUAAGGAUUGGACCGCGGAUCCCCGACCUCGCAUCUAUAUUCCACCCGGAGCUCCCGAGCAAUUUGAAUACUACACCAGGAUCGCCAAGGAGCAUCCGGAGCUUCGCCUGGAUGUGCAACUGCUGGAAGCGAACAUUACUCCCGACUAUGUCAUGUCGCUUGUUGACAAGCCUGGACUGCUGGCCUUGGCAAUGGAGACAAAGCUUGAUGAGGCCACCAUGAAGGAAGAGUUCUACGGUGUGCCGUUUGUCGUGCCCGGAGGUCGGUUUAACGAGCUUUACGGUUGGGAUAGCUAUAUGGAGUCGCUGGGUCUGCUUGUGAGUGACCGGGUUGACCUUGCCAAGGGCAUGGUCGUCAACUUCUGCUUCUGCAUCAAGCACUAUGGGAAGAUCCUCAACGCCAAUCGCUCCUACUAUCUCACUCGGUCUCAACCGCCAUUCCUGACAGACAUGGCUCUGCGCGUCUACGAGCGGAUCAAGAACGAACCAGACUCCAAGGAGUUCCUGCGAAACGCUGUUCUCGCCGCGAUCAAGGAGUAUCAUAGCGUCUGGGUUUCGGAGCCUCGCCUUGACCCCGUAACGGGCCUCUCGAGAUAUCGGCCCGAGGGCUGGGGCGUCCCUCCCGAGACGGAGCCGACUCACUUCACGCACAUCCUCAUGCCGUACGCCGAGAAGCACGGCAUGACAUUCGAGCAAUUCGUGCGGGCCUACAACACCCGGACAGUCGUCGAGCCAGAGCUCGACGAGUACUUCUUGCAUGACCGAGCCGUACGCGAGUCCGGCCACGACACCAGCUACCGACUUGAGCAUGUCUGCGCGAACCUCGCCACAGUCGAUCUCAACUCCCUCCUCUACAAGUACGAGGUGGACAUCGCGCGCAUCAUCCGCAUCCACUUCAACGACCGACUUGAGAUCCCAGAGGAGUUCCGCACUCCUGCCACACAGAAUAUCGAGACCGAGUCUUCCUCCGUGUGGGACCGACGCGCGCGCAAGCGCAAGCAGCGCAUGGACCAGUACCUCUGGGACGCGGAGAAGGGCAUGUUCUUCGACUACGACACAGCCAAGCACGAGCGCACAGACUAUGAGACCGCCACCACCUUCUGGGCGAUGUGGGCUGGGCUCGCAUCGCCCGCGCAGGCUGCCGAGAUGGUGUCCAAGGCGCUGCCGCGGUUCGAAAACUUCGGCGGCCUGGUCUCGGGCACGGAGGAGUCGCGUGGUGCGGUGAGUUUGGAGCGCCCGAAUCGGCAGUGGGAUUACCCCUACGGCUGGGCGCCGCAGCAGAUGCUCGCGUGGACAGCAUUUCUGCGGUACGGUUACCAAGAGGAGGCGGAGCGGCUGGCAUACAAGUGGCUGUACAUGAUCACGAAAGCCUUUGUUGAUUUCAACGGUGUAGUGGUCGAGAAGUAUGAUGUCACGCGACCGAUUGAUCCGCACCGCGUCGAUGCCGAGUACGGUAACCAGGGAACUGAUUUCAAGGGCGCGCCGCGUGAAGGAUUUGGCUGGGUGAAUGCCAGUUACGUCUACGGACUGGAGAUCCUGAACGCGCAUAUGAGGCGUGCGUUGGGGGCUAUCACGCCUUAUGACACCUACCGAAAGGCUGUUGAUGCCCAGAAUGCGUAUUAG